ACAAAAACAGAAAGAAAAUCGGGUCCUUCGAGGGAAAAAUAGGUUUAUGAAAAAAAAAUCUUUAAACGGCAGAUUUCUGAAAUCAUAGCCGUCUUCUUUAAUCCAAUUCCCUCAAAGAACCCUGAAUUUAUUUCUUCAUUUCCCAAUUGCCAAGUGUUUGAUAGAAAGCCAUGGGAAUUAGCGGCCCCGGUGAUUUUCUUAGCAUUCACCCAACAGAACUCAAGUUUCCAUUUGAAUUGAGAAAGCAGAGUUCAUGUUCUUUGCAACUCAUCAACAGGACUGAUCAAUAUAUUGCAUUCAAGGUUAAAACAACCAAUCCCAGAAAGUACAGUGUUCGGCCGAAUGCUGGUGUUAUUCGGCCUGGUGCCAUUAGCAAUGUCACCGUUACAAUGCAGGCGCAUAAAGAGAUGCCCCCUGAUAUGCAGUGCAAAGAUAAGUUUCUAGUUCAGAGUGUUGUCAUGCCUGAGGGUGCAAAGGAGUUAAAUCAGCAGAUGUUCGAGAAGGAGGACGGAAAGGUCAUUGGGGAGUCCAAAUUGAGGGUUGCUUAUAUUCCUGCCAAUCCCCCUUCUCCAGUCCCUGAAGAACCUGAAGAAGAUUCUUCUCCCAUAUCAUCUAUGGUUGAUGAUGAGGUUAAAAGUUCUGAGCAUGUAAGUAGGACUUUUGAGGAGUCAACAGGCGGAGCAUCCUCUUCAGAGGAUUGGCCUAUGAUAUCAAAGUUGAUGGAGGAGAAGACUUCUGCUACUCAACAGAAUCAAAAGCUUUAUCUUGAGCUGGAAAAGACGAGGAAAGAAAUUCUCAGGAAUCAAGUUGGUCGUGUCUCCUUGUUCAUCGUGUUACUCAUUGGUCUAGUAGGUGUGCUAAUUGGGUACUUUAUCAGAUGAAGCGAGUAUUCCAGAGCAGGCAAUUUGCAUGGAAAGAUGCUAUUAUUGUUAGUGCCAUUUGAUAAUCCAUUUCUUUUUGAACAUCGAAAUUUAGUUUAUCAUGUCUUCCUUUCAAAAAUUUUGUAGACAAAUACCAUUGAUCAUUUUACAUGCGAGGGACUGGUUUCUGUGGAAUUUCAAAGGGACCUUGCCUU